UCUCUGCGCCACUGUGCUGUAGGAGAGCAGUCCGCUCGGUGUGGGGUUGUGUGUGUGUUUUUUUCUGCUUUCUCACUGUUACCCGGUGUCAACCUACGUCGAGGAGACAAACACAUCCCUCCCUCUUUCCCACUCGGCGGCUGUUUCUAAUUCGCCUCGCCGUUGCUCCUCGCCUCCUCUAUUGGCCUCGGACGCCGCCAGUCACGAGCGCUUCCCCCUUUUUCCCGGAGAGUUGAGUAGCAACAGCUCGGAAACAUCUGGCCGCAGCAGCAGCAGCAGCGGCUCCUCCAGCAGCAGCGGCUCCUCCGGGUUUCCUGCAGCGCGGCGGAUAUGGAAAGCUGCUGAAAGUCAAUUCACUUCUUUAAUUUAUUAAUUAAUUUAUUUGUCGGCCGCGGAGGAUUUGGUGGGAGCGAGCGGGAAGUCGGCGGAGCGCUGUGUGCAGAAAAACAGUUAGUGGAGCGCGCGAGCAGCCUGAGCCGCCUGAGCGCGAGCGCCUCUGCUCGAUCCGGGCCUGCUGCGGGAGCGGAGCAGCGCAGAGCUGCGCUACUUUUACUGGCAGCGCCGGUUUAGACCAGAUAGUAAGUCAGUAACGCUGUCCUGGCCUGUGUGUGUUGUAUAUUAUGGACACAAGUUGAACUCCCGCAUGUAGUUCAGUCAGUCAGUCCUCACACAGCUGUGGGCUUUAAUCAAACAGCACUGCAUUAUUUACACACACACACACACACACACACACACGUUUAUUAGUGUGUGUGAGAGGGAGAAAGCUAAAACGGAUAAUUGAUGAUUUGUACAGUGGGAUUUCUUCAUGUAGUGUAUCAGGUGCAAUAAGGCAUGAAGUUUAUACUGUAGCUGCUCUUAUUAUUAUGUGUUUUUUCUUAAAAACUUGAUGGCAGAUGUUACCAAAUAAUUAUUUAGCUAACCAUUCCAAACUCAUUGUAAUUUCUACAAUACUACACUAUCUAUCUGUUAAGGAAAACUAUAGGGUAAGCCCUGUGUUAUUUUUAAGUCCUACUGUCGAUAAGCUGUUUGUUUUUGUUUGAUUUGUAGUGAUACGGUGAUUUUUAUUUUAUUUUUGUUUAUUUCCCACCCCCACCCCUUUAUUUUUACUAUUUGAACCUCAUGAAGUGAUUAAGGGUAAAACAUGAAGAUAAACUAAGUCUUAAGUACUCCCAUUAAAGAAGCUUUUUGUUCAAGCCCUGCUCAUGAGGUCUAUAGGAUCGUUCCUUUUGUCCAUUAUUUUAUUUUCUCCUCCUUAGCGAGUCGUCCAGAGGGUGAGGAGAAUGAAUGACAGUAAUGGUGCGAUCGGUGAACCAUGAAGAAGUCGAAAACAAUAUCAGCUGCGUGGAUGUGUCAUUUGCAAAUGCACUGUGCCGGCCUUUGUUUAUGGUUACUGGAAGGAGAGCAGUGAGAAAGAGAAUGGAGGGAGAGAGAGAGAGGGGGGAGAAGAAGAAGGAAAAAAACUUGAGGGUAUUUAAAUUCUCUGUGCAGGAAACUAGGUUAGGAAAAAAGUGUCGGCUUUCACGCAGACCUAUUUUCUAAAGUUCGCCUUUGCCGGGAGAUUACAAGUGAAGGGGGGGGAGAGUUGGCCGGUUUUCCACAGAAUCACCUCUCAACAGUUCCUUUCCCCCCCACACCCCUCCUUCGCCUUUUUAAAGGGAGAGAAAGAGAAACAAAGUUGUAUAAAGGAGAGGCUGGUGGCAAGAGUGUAGAGGAGUAGCAUAUGGCACUAAAAGGAGCACAGCUGGAGGUAGCAUUUCCAUCUGAACAUGAUGUCAGAGCAGCUGACAGGCUGCCAUCCCCCAGUCUUUUCUUCUGCCGCACAGACUGCGAGUUAGUGUGUGUGCGGAUCUGUGUGCAGGAGGAGGCAUCGCGUUCCCCUCCAACAUCUCCUCCACUUUGCAUCUGUCCCUCGCAGUUUGAUUUUUUUUCAGCUCUCUCGCUUUCUCUCUCUCUCUUGCUCUGUCUUUCUCUCCUCCUCCUCCUACUAGCCCUUCAUUGAUUUUGAGAAGAGAGCUACAGCAGGCACUACCACAACAGUGGACUUAAUCAAGUUGAUGCGAACCGCAGGUUAUGAAGACAGCAUGGAGUUUCCGGACCACAGCAGACAUUUACUGCAGUGUCUGAGCGAACAGAGGCAUCAGGGCUUCCUGUGUGACUCCACCGUCCUGGUGGGUGAUGCCCAGUUCCGUGCCCACCGCGCUGUGCUGGCCUCAUGCAGCAUGUACUUCCAUCUCUUCUACAAGGACCAGCUGGACAAGCGGGACGUGGUGCAUCUAAACAGUGACAUUGUAACAGCGCCAGCGUUUGCGCUGCUCCUCGAGUUUAUGUAUGAGGGCAAGCUGCAGUUCAAGUCCUUACCCGUGGAGGAUGUGCUGGCCGCCGCCAGCUAUCUGCACAUGUAUGACAUCGUCAAGGUGUGCAAGAAGAAGCUGAAACACAAGGCCACGGCUGAGGCGGACAGCACCCGGCGUGAGGAGGACGCCUCCAGCUGCUCAGACCGAGCCGAGAGCCUCUCGGAGGGCGGCAGCGCCAACCUGCUGGCCAGCGACGAUGAUGAGGACGAGAGUAAGAGGGACAGCCAGUGUCCACCGGAGCCGGCCAGGAUGUGGGGACGCCUGGCUUCAGAGCGCACGACCAGCCCGGGAGAGGCCGAGGCGCAUGGCAAGUCACCUGCUGCCACCGCUGCAAGUCCCAGCAGUUCUACAGGUUCACUUUGCCCAACUGGUGACUGUGCACUUGACCUGUCGGUAAAAUCAAGCAUGAGCACCACUCCAGGUGAAGCCAGGAACCCGUAUUUGUGCGGCUCAGCGACUCCAGACAGUCUGCACAGCGCUCUGGUACAAGUGAAGGUGGAGAAAGACACGGGCUCAGAUGAUGAUGAGCUGCCCAGCACCGAGUAUGAGAUGGAACACAGUGGCUUGAAGGAGGAGACACCGAAUGCUAAUGGCAUUCACAUUGGACACAACGGACACAGUGUCCAGCGGCUAGGCCUGGGACUGGAGGCUCACCUUACAGCACUGCGAGAGGCCUCUCUGGAGCGUGACAGCAAGGACGAGGUAGACGGCGAGGUGCUCAGCGGCGAGACCGAGCGGGCACAGGAGAGCCCGCUGCUGCCCUACGUGUCCGGCAUGUUGGGUGCAGCGCACGCGCAGAUCUUCAUGUGCCCCCUGUGUAACAAGGUGUUCCCGAGUCCACACGUGCUGCAGAUCCAUUUGAGCACGCAUUUCCGUGAGCAGGAAGGAGCGCGCACUAAACCGUCUACCGGCGACGUCAACGUGCCCACAUGCUCCAUCUGUGGCAAAACAUUCUCAUGCAUGUACACGCUGAAGCGGCAUGAGCGGACACACUCGGGCGAAAAGCCCUACACAUGCACCACAUGCGGCAAGAGCUUCCAGUACUCGCACAACCUGAGCCGGCAUGCCGUGGUGCACACGCGCGAGAAGCCACACGCCUGCAAGUGGUGCGAGCGGCGCUUCACGCAAUCCGGAGACCUGUACCGUCACAUCCGCAAGUUCCACUGCGAACUCGUCAACUCGCUCUCAGUGAAGAGCGAGGCGCUCAGCCUUCCCACUCUCCGAGACUGGCCACUCGAGGAUAGCUCGCAAGAACUGUGGAAAUGAAAACAAAGGGAAAAAAAAACAAAAACAAAUGAAACUGCUUUUUAAGUUAAGACAGAGCGAGCAAGAGAGGCAGAGAGGUAAGGAAGUAGGAAGGCAGGGAGAUGGUUGAAAGGUCUGCAUCAGUCAUGUUUCUUAUAUAUAUAUAUAUAUAUAUAUAUAUAUAUACACACACAUUGCUUAUCUUGUUAAAUUGCACUUUACUAGCACAUGAAAAUGUUACUACUGAUUUUUUUUUUUUUUUUUCUGGUCAAUUUAGUUGUGCGUUUUGUUUGUUAUUCCUUUUAUAAAACACAGGUGAUCACUACAACGAUCACCUUUUGACAUAAAAUGUGCAAAUCUAGAUUUGACAGUGUAUAUAUACGUACACUUGUACACUCCUUGAUUUUAUUUAGCAUCCAUGCCAUGAGAACGCAUAUGAAGAUUUCAGGUAAUACACUGAGGAAGUUCAAAACUGAUAAACAUUACACUAAACGGGUACUACGAUCCUAUAUCGACCUGUACACAUAAGGCUCAUUUAUGAGUAUGUGUAUAUAUCGUGCACUACUACUACAUAUAUGUUUAUUUUGCAAAUCCCAUACUGGUGUGUGUGUGUGUGUGUGUGUGUGUCCAUGCACGCAAACACAGUAUGUUAACAAGUAACUCCUUUAAAUCCCGCGAGGAUGUUUGCUCGAAAAAGCUCCAAGCUUGUGUUAUUUAGGCUCUUGUACGUUUUUUUGGACUUGUGAUAGGAAACCUGACUGAUAGAAGACAAAAGGCACUCAUGCAAUGUACAGCCUCCUUUUUCAUAUCAACUGACACGUUUUUAUAUCAUUUAAUGAUUGGGCUGACGAGUUGAUGUCUAAUUUAGUUGCAGACCCUCAACACUUGUUUUCUGCUGAGAAUGGGUUUUCAUUUGCUGCGUUUAUAGAGAUUUCUGUAGUGUUUUAAGAAAUUAUUUGGUUUGUUUUCAAAAAAAAAACAAAAAAAACCACAACCUGGGAUCUGUUGUUGCAUGAUGUCCAACCUGUAUAUUUAAGAUGUGAAUUGCUGUAUUGCUGUACACUGUAAUAGACAGAGUCAUUACAGUCAGGACACCCGUCUGUUUAAAUAAAAAAAUAUAUAUAUACAUAUAUAUAUUAUAUAUAUUUACCUUAAUAUUACAGCUGUAGAAAUUGCAUGAAUUUUAUUUAACACUCAUUUCUGUUGUUUUGCAUUGGAAAGUGUAUUUUUUAAUUAACUCAUUUGCUUCCUAAGUACUUUUUUUUUUGUCCUUCUUUCUUUCUUUUUCUUU